CCGCUAAAGUUGGACGUCCGCCGCAAGCUGCUCGCCCACUCUGACCGCGUCAAAUGCGUGGACCUGCACCCGGUGGAGCCCUGGCUCCUCUGCGGCCUCUACAGCGGCCACGUGCACAUCUGGAACUACGAGACGCAGCUGCUGCUGAAGUCCUUUGAUGUGUGCGAUGUCCCGGUGCGCUGCUCGAAGUUCAUCCCCACCAAGAACUGGAUCGUCACGGGGGCGGACGACAUGCAGGUGCGCGUCUUCAACUACAACACCCUCGAGAAGGUGCACACCUUUGACGCCCACUCCGACUACAUUCGCUCCAUCGUCGUCCACCCGACGCAGCCGUACAUUCUCACCUCCAGCGACGACAUGAUCAUCAAGCUGUGGAACUGGGAGAAGAGCUGGGCCUGCACGCAGGUCUUCGAGGGCCACACGCACUACGUCAUGCAGGUGGUGGUCAACCCGAAGGACAGCAACACCUUCGCCAGCGCCUCACUCGAUCGCACCGUCAAGGUCUGGCAGCUGGGCUCCAAUGCGCCCAACUUCACGCUGGAAGGCCACGACAAGGGCGUCAACUGCGUCGACUACUGCCACAGCGGCGACAAGCCCUACCUGAUCUCGGGCGCCGACGACCGCCUGGUGAAGAUCUGGGACUACCAGACGAAGACGUGCGUCCAGACGCUGGACGGCCACGCGCAGAACGUAGUGGCCGUCUCCUUUCACCCGGAGCUGCCCAUCUUCAUGAGCGGCUCAGAGGACGGCACGGUGCGCGUCUGGCACCUGAACACCUACCGCCUGGAGAACACGCUCAACUACGGCCUGGAGCGGGCGUGGACGAUCGCCUGUCUGAAGGGCAGCAACACCGUCGCCAUCGGCUACGACAUUGGCAGUCUGGUGAUCAAGCUGGGCAGGGAGGAGCCCGCCAUGUCCAUGGACAGCUCGGGGAAGAUUGUCUGGGCGCGACACGCCGAGCUGCAGCACGCCAACAUUCGCUCGCUGGGCAGCGGUGGAGCUAGCAAUGAAGCAGGAGGAGGAGAUCAGGAGACGAUCAAGGACGGGAACAUUCUCCCGCUGGCGGUGAAGGACAUGGGCAGCUGCGAGAUCUACCCGCAGACCAUCUCCCACAACCCGAACGGCCGCUUUGUGGUGGUCUGCGGCGACGGCGAGUACAUCAUCUACACGGCGCUGACGCUGCGCAACAAGAGCUUCGGCUCGGCGCAGGAGUUUGUGUGGGCGCAGGACAGCAGCGAGUACGCCGUCCGCGAGCACAACUCCACUGUGAAGAUCUUCAAGAACUUCAAGGAGAAGAAGAGCUUCAAGCCGGACACGGCGGCGGACGGCAUCUUUGGCGGCUUCAUGCUGGGCGUCCGCUCGCCGGCCGGCUCGCUCGCCUUCUACGAGUGGGACUCGCUGGAGCUGAUUCGCCGCAUCGAGAUCGCCCCCAAGGCGGUCUACUGGUCGGAGAAUGGCGAGCUGGUGGCCAUCGCCUCCGAGGACAGCUUCUACAUUCUCCGAUACAACCCCGAGGCAGUGUCGCGCGCCUUUGAGGGCGGCGACGCGGCGGAGAACGAGGCGAUCACCGACGACGGCAUUGAGGACGCCUUUGACGUGGUGGGCGAGGUGGCGGAGACGGUGAAGACCGGCCUGUGGAUCGGCGACUGCUUCAUCUACACCAAUCACCUCAACCGCCUCAACUACUUUGUCGGCGGGGAGAUUGUCACCAUCUCGCAUAUGGACCGUGCCAUGUACCUCCUGGGCUACAUCAGCCGCGAGAACCGCCUCUACCUGGGCGACAAGGAGCUGAACGUCGUCUCCUACUCGCUCCUCCUGCCCGUCCUCGAGUACCAGACGGCGGUGAUGCGCAACGACUUCGAGGUGGCCGACCGCAUUCUGCCGGCCAUUCCCCGCGAGCAGCGCACCCGCGUGGCGCAGUUUCUGGAGAAGCAGGGCUACCGCCACCAGGCGCUCGCCGUCAGCACCGACCCGGAGCACCGCUUCGACCUGGCCAUCUCACUCUCGGACACGAAGACCGCCUACCAGCUGGCGCUGGAGGCGCAGUCGGACGCCAAGUGGAAGGAGCUGGCAAAGCUGGCCACCUCGCUCUGCGAGUUCGACCUCGCCCAGCAGUGCUACAGCAACGCCUCCGACUACUCGGCGCUCCUCCUGCUGGCGACCAGCACCGGCAACGCCGCCAUGGUCGGCCGCCUGGCGGAGAUGGCCCGCGAGAAGGACAUCUACAACGCCUCCUUUCUCAGCUACUUCAUCCUCGGCGACCUGCGCCAGGCGCUGGCGGUCCUGGUGGAGACGGGCCGUCUGCCGGAAGCCGCCUUCUUCGCCCGCGCCUACCUCCCCUCGGAGGUCUCCCGCGUGCUCGCCCUCUGGAAGGAGACUCCGAAGGGGCGGACGGACAAGUCGGUGCAGGCGCUAGCGGAUCCCAACCAGUACGAGAACCUCUUUCCCAACUUUCAGCAGGCGCUGCGGGCGGCCGAGGAGAGGGACCGGGCGCUGGGCGUCACUGCUGAUGAAGGUAGUGCUAGUGGUAGUAGUACUGGGCCAACGAGACGAUUCCGGGCAAGGGACUACCUGGCGGUUAAGGAGCGGCUGGAGAGUGGCGGCGAGCCGGCCGCCCUGCAGCUGCUGCUGCAGCAGGAGGAGAGUGGCGAUGGACUGUCGCUCAGUGCCAAGAUGGACCGGCUGACGGUGGCCGAGGAGGCGGGGAAGCGAACAGAAGAUGUGGAGGAGGAGAUUGAAGCUUACCGGGGAGGAGAGGAGGAGGAGGAGGAAGAGGAGGAGGUAGAGUUUAGUGAUGCUGAUUAG